AAGACGUGAUGAAAGGUCGCAUAGCUCACGCGAUUUUGUUAGUGAGACUCCAAAGAGUAAGCUUAUGAGAACAAGGAGUUACAAGGACUUUGGUGAGACUGAAAAACCGGACGCUGCUGGAUUAGACACUAAAUUACUACGUUGCGUAACUCGAGCAAAGCUUGUUCGCCGGAAAACUUUGGCACUUUACAGCGAAAACGAAGCUGCAUUUUGUAAGCGCAUGUCUCCACAGCUGUUCGAUCGUGCCAUCAACAUCAAACUCCAACUAGGGUUUGAAAAACUGGAAAAUAAAGCCAACUUUUUGGCAGUGAUAGAUAACAGUAAAUUUUUUAAAGAAUGCGAUAGACAAAGUUCGAACUCUGUCAUCGACUGUGCUGAUUUGUUUAUACCGGACUUCACAAGAAUCAAGCCAAUAGAUGAUCGAUCUCAGUGGUCCGGCAAUGAGGAAUUCAUGCUAACAUUGACUGACGGUUUAGGCAAACGUUCGUUUGCUUACUGUAUAAAGUAUCUAAGACAGAAAUCUGAAGAAAACGUUGACGAAGCCACCACCUCUACCGAGGGGUUUUUGCCGGAAGUGUUCGCAAUCAUAUCUCCUAUUCAUGCACCACCGUUCUAUUCAGCAUUAGUUCGCGAGUGCAUCAACUAUAUAGAUAAAGGGACGGAUACUCUGAAGAACUUUCUUGACGCCGUUUUCCAUCGACCGUUUCCUUCUAAAGGUUCUGUCUUGUGUCUUGUUGAGAAUUCAGGUUCAGUUACAAAGCGGCAGUUUGUUAUCAGGAGCCAAGGUCCGUCAUUUGGUCGCGCUGAUAGUUCCUUUGUAAUCAAAAGAAUUGGCAUUGAGGUGUCGGUCAGUAUUAUUGCUGCAUUGCUGUCGGAGCAGAAGGUGUUAAUUGGAGGAGAGUCGGUAAAAUCUGUUUCCCACGCCGUGCAGACUUUUGCAGCUUUACUGCAGCCAUUUUCAUGGCCGUAUACCUUGGUACCUGUUCUUCCUGACACAUUGCUCGAACUUGCAAACUCUCCAACGCCUUGCUUACUGGGUGUGCUUCGAACUAAUUUGCAUAAGUUGAAAGAACUUUUGGUUGGCACUCGCAAGUCGGAGUCUGAUGAUCUUUUGAAGAAUGACGUAGUUAUUGUCGACCUCGACGGAGGUAUCUUUGUGCCGCAUCCUUCUGAACUGUCUGUUGUUACUGAAAAUCCGGAUUUUAUGGAGAAGUCAGCUUUGGCACUUUGCGAGAGAUUACUUUUGCCCAAAAAACUUGCUGGUACUCUUAUAAGCUCUUUCAAAGAAGCGCUUGCGGGAGGGCCGGGCCCAAAAGCCGAUGAGAUGCUUCAGAAGGCAAUGCUUGUUUGGUUUGCCACGCUAUUAGGUCACUAUAAAACCUUUAAUUUACCGCAUGCGUAUCUUGCCGAUAUAAGAGAAGAUUCUUCAGAACUAAGGACUGCUUUAGCUCAAUAUAUUUUGGCCCAUCCAUCGAAGACGUCAAGGCGGUUUAUUGAGUGGUUCAUUGAAACUGGUCUUUUUCGUGACUGGUUACGUAGAAAAGCCGCUGGUCAGGAUGGAAAAAGUGCUGAAAAUUGGGAAGAUGCUGCGAAUCAGAAGUUUGAUGAAUUGGCUCAAACUUUGUCUGUAACUUAUAACCAAGGUCGUAUAGCCAAUAUUUUCAGUCGAGCAUCAUCAGCGUUGUUUCGUUCGCAUCUUCGUAAAAGGUUCUAAAG